AUGCAGAGAAAGAACCUCACGGAAGUGACAGAAUUCAUCUUCUUGGGAUUCUCUAGCUUCGGAAAACAUCAAACAACCCUCUUUGUGGUCUUCCUAACCGUCUACAUUUUCACUCUGGCUGGAAACAUCAUCAUUGUGACCAUCACCUGCAUUGACCGUCACCUCCACACUCCCAUGUACUUCUUCCUGAGCAUGCUGGCGAGUUCAGAGACGGUAUACACACUGGUCAUUGUCCCACGAAUGCUUUCCAGUCUGGUUUUUUAUAACCAGCCCAUCUCCUUACCAGGUUGUGCGACUCAAAUGUUCUUUUUCGUCACCUUAGCAAUUAAUAAUUGCUUCCUUCUCACAGCAAUGGGCUACGACCGCUUUGUGGCCAUCUGUGCGCCCCUGAGGUACACGGUCAUCAUGUGCAAAAGAAUGUGCACCAGUUUGGUAUGUGGGUCCUUUGGCACCGGCCUGAUGAUGGCGACUCUUCAGGUGACAGCCAUGUUUAAUUUGCCCUUCUCGCGUCCAAACUCCACUUUUGUGACUGAAUUUGUCUUUGAAGGCUUCUCCAGCUUUGGGUGGAGGCACAGGCUUGUCUUCUUCGUUGUUUUUCUAACCUUGUACCUGCUGACUUUGUCUGGCAACGUGAUUAUCGUGACCAUUAUUCGGCUGGACCGUCACCUCCACACGCCCAUGUACUUCUUCCUGAGCAUGCUCUCUGUCUCUGAGACCUGCUAUACGGUGGCCAUCAUUCCCCGUAUGCUUUCUGGCCUCCUGAAUCCUCACCAGACCAUAGACAUCCAAGGCUGUGCCACCCAGCUCUUCUUCUAUCUCACCUUUGGCAUCAACAAUUGCUUCCUCCUCACGGCCAUGGGGUAUGACCGAUACGUGGCCAUCUGCAACCCCCUGAGGUAUUCAGUCAUCAUGGGUAAGAGGGCCUGUGUCCGGUUGUCAUCUGGGUCACUGGGAAUUGGUCUGGGCAUGGCCAUCGUCCAGGUGACGUCUGUGUUUGGCCUGCCCUUCUGUGAUGGCUUUGUUAUUUCCCACUUUUUCUGUGACGUGAGACCCCUCCUGAAGCUGGCCUGUGCAGAUACCACUCUCAAUGAGAUCGUCAACUUGGCUGUCAGUGUCUGUGUCCUUGUCCUACCCAUGGGCCUGGUCUUCAUCUCCUACGUCCUCAUCAUCUCCACCAUUCUCAAGAUUGCUUCUGCAGAUGGUCGGAAGAAGGCCUUCGCCACCUGUGCCUCCCACCUCACAGUGGUCAUCGUCCACUAUGGCUGUGCCUCCGUCGUCUACCUCAAGCCCAAGUCCCAGAGUUCCCUGGGGCAGGACAGACUCAUCUCAGUGACAUACACCGUCAUCACGCCUCUGCUGAACCCUGUGGUGUAUAGCCUGAGGAACAAGGAAGUCAAAGAUGCUUUGCGAAGAGCCUUGGGGAGAAAGCCCCUCUCUCCUUAAUCAGGACAG